UACGAGGUGAACCGGAAGGUAACAACAGAAACACCAAGGGGCAUAGAUACGUUUCACAUUAUUUUUUAACUAAAGGGCACAUAUUCUACGAUGGAUUCACACCCUCCGCCUAAACCAUGGGAAAGGCGAAUUCCAGGGGCUAUGGGUGUGCCCAUAAACUUCAGGUCUACAGAUUUUGGCCAAUCUGUUCCCAACUCAACUCCUGCCGGCCCGGUCCUGACCAGGAUGGCCCCUCCACUGCCUCCUCGCCCCAUGCAGCAGUCCUACCGUCCCUCCUAUAACUCUUUCCCGUCCUCCUACAGCCCUUAUGGGAGCUCCAUCUAUGGCGGCUACAGCCCUUACAGCUAUGGCGGAGGGAGUUACGGCCUGGGUGGCUACGGCCGCCUCCCCCACUCGGAAGAGGUCGCUCCCAGUCGGUUCGUCCAGCAGGCGGAGGAGAGCAGCCGCGGCGCCUUCCAGUCCAUCGAGAGCAUCGUGCAGGCCUUCGCCUCCGUCAGCAUGAUGCUGGAUGCCACCUUUUCUGCGGUGUAUAACAGUUUCCGGGCCGUGCUGGACGUGGCCAACCACCUGACCAGGCUGCGUGCUCACCUCACCAGGGUUUUGUCAGCGUUUGCUCUGGUGCGCACCCUGCGCUACUUCUACCUACGGUUGCGGAGGCUUCUUGGGAGAGCCUCAGAGGCGGAGGUGGAAGAGCUGUGGGCAGACAGCACGAAAGAUGCUCUGGCUACAAGCUCAUCCAGAGGCUUUGGAACAGGAGGGGAGGAUCAGAGCGUCAAGUCCUGGCCUAUCUUCCUGUUUUUUGCUGUAGUCCUAGGCGGACCCUACCUCAUUUGGAAGCUUUUAAGCUCAAGCCCUGGCUCUGAAGAUAAUGCCACUAACUGGGCAAGUGGGGAGGACGACCAUGUUGUGGCCAGAGCAGAGUAUGAUUUUACUGCUGCCUCUGAGGAGGAGAUUUCCGUACGGGCUGGAGAAAUGCUCAACCUCGCUCCCAAAGAGCAACAACCCAGGGUGCGUGGCUGGCUGCUCGCCAGCGUGGACGGUCAGACCACGGGCCUCGUCCCGGCCAACUAUGUCAAGGUCCUGGGCAAGCGGAGAGGCCGUAAGCAGGCAGAGAUGGAGAGGCUCGCUCAGACCCAGACGGAGAACACGCAGGCCUCCCAAACACCCUCCGCCGCACAGUCGAUCUCAGCCGAAGGUUUCCCCUCGGAUCUCCCCACGGCCUCGGCGGAGAGCUCUGCAGAUCAGCUGCUGGAGUCCGUGUACAGAGAAGCACCAGCUUCCUUCACUCACACCACAUCCAGCCCCAGUACAGUGCUGAACAUCCCCGAGAAGACUGACCUGUGACGAUUCUGACUAUCUACUCAUUAAAAUGAGCGGUUAGUUCAUUCUGUACAUGUUUGCAGUCCUAAAGUACGGAGCUUGACUAGAACUCACCUGUCAGUAAGUGGUUGGGCUGUAAUGGAAUGAACGGCAUCAUGAAUUGCUUUGAGUAGUUCCUGAUUCAGAUCAUCUGUGCAUUUGGAAGCCUCUGCUAAGUCGAAAAAUCUGUAUUUCAACCACAAAUGAAACGUGUCCUUACAUUGCAUUAGACAGAGCUUGUACGGUUUGUGUUCUUUUAAUUGUAAUUUAAUGAGGCGCACCCAUGUAUUGUCUGUUCGCUGAAAGUGUAAGAACAGAGGUAUGUGAUUUUGUAACCCUGUGUGGUUUAGGUCCUCUUUGAAAGUUGCUCACUCUUCCAUGUGGCUUUCGAUGACAAGCAAAUGGGAUUGGAUUCAGUAAGAAUUAGAGGGGGGGUAACUUUGCACUUUCUUCUGCAGUUUAUUAGUCAAGUUACGUAAUUUUGUAAAUAUUUAAUAUAAUUAUUUUGAAAAUAAAUCUCUUCGAAAUUA